AGCCACAGCCAUAGGACUACUUUCACUGUUUGCAAACUGCUGUUUAGGGGGGGUUGGCCAAACAUCACUUUAGAUUUAAGGCUACUUGCAGACUGGGAUCUUUUUUGGAUUCACCUAAGAGAUGCAUCAACCAGCCCUGGUCACGGUUGCUGUUCUGCUCUUCUCUCUCACCACUGUCUCUGGGGGGAAUGUGCUGGUCUUCCCAUUGGAUGGAAGCCACUGGGUGAAUAUGAAAGUCCUCAUCGAAGAGCUGUACUCCAGAGGCCAUAGCAUCACAGUGAUUCGUCCAACCACCAACUGGUACAUCAAGGAGAAAUCCCCUCACUACUCGUGCAUUACCAUCCCAGUAUCUGGUGGUGGAUUUGUUGAGGAGGUCUUUAGAUUGUUUGUGACCAGAAAAUUGCAGAUCCAAAGGGAGGGUGGAGGUUUCUGGUCUCGUAUGAGUCUGGAGCUUGAGGUGGUGAAGGAGAUCUAUGAGAUACACAAGGAUUUGGUUGUAAUGAUAACUACGAUAUUCGAAGAUGCCAAACUAAUGCAAUCACUUCGCGAUGCAAAUUAUGACCUGGUUUUGACGGAUCCUGCCAUUGGUGGGGGCGUGUUUCUGGCUCACCGCAUUGGUCUUCCUCUUGUCUUCAAUGUCCGAUGGACAGUCCAGGGCGAGGGUCACUUUGUCAUAGCCCCCUCGCCUCUCUCAUAUGUCCCAUUGCCAGGAGCACUGUUGACAGACAAAAUGACUUUUCAAGAGAGAGUCAUAAAUGUUCUGUUUUAUCUUUUUACAAGGUUUCAAUUUGCAUACGUCAUGGACCCUAACUACAUUCCGUUCGUACAUCGUUACUUCGGCCCUGACGUUCACUACAUGUCAUUGUUUCAGGCAGCAGACAUAUGGCUCAUGAGGAAUGACUUUACCUUUGAGUUUCCGCGGCCCACCAUGCCAAACGUGGUCUACAUGGGCGGCUUCCAGUGCAAGCCCUCGAAGCCGCUUCCCCAGGACAUGGAGGACUUUGUUCAGAAGGCCGGGGACCAUGGGGUCAUCAUGAUGUCCCUGGGGACCUUGGUGGGACAACUUCCUGAGGACAUCGCUGAGGACAUCGCAGCUGCUUUCGCCAAACUGCCUCAGGGGGUCGUCUGGAGACACACUGGGAAGAGACCCACCUCCGUGGGCAACAACACCUUACUAGUGGAUUGGCUCCCACAGAAUGACCUCCUUGGACACCCCAAGACCCGAGCCUUUGUUGCCCACGGCGGAACCAAUGGAGUCCAGGAGGCCAUCUACCAUGGUGUCCCUAUUGUCGGCCUCCCGUUGGUCUUCGACCAGCAUGAUAACCUCAAUAGGAUGAAGGCUAAGGGAGUGGCUAAGAUAGUGGACAUCGCCACCGUAGACAGAGACAUCUUCCUGGAGGCAGUGAAGGCUGUUCUCUAUGAGCCAACCUACAGGGAGAACAUGCAGAGGCUAUCCAGGCUGCACAGGGACCAGCCCAUGAAACCACUGGACCGCGCCAUGUUCUGGAUUGAGUUUGUCAUGAGGAACAAAGGAGCGGCACAUCUGAGGACAGAGUCCUAUAAGAUGUCCUGGUUCACCUACCACUCUGUUGACGUCGUAGCCACGCUACUGGCCAUUGUGUUGCUCAUAAUGCUGGUUAGCACUUUAGCUGUAAGGUUUUUAUGGUGUAAGGUGUUUUGUAGGAGGAAAGUGAAACAUGAAUGAUAUCAAUGUAUUAAUGAAUAUUAAUAUAUUAUCAAAUUAUCAUUGAUAAAAUAUUCAAAAUAUUAUUUGAUGGUAUUCUUCCUAACAUCAACAAGGAGGUCACAAUCAUUUAUGUGGGUAUUUUACACAAUACAAUUGGUUACUUUUGGCAAUAUAUAUUUGUAUUCCAUUUUUUAAAUGUCACCCUCACAUUAAGUAUUGUACUCCAAAUUUGAUAGUACUGUAUGUUGUAAAUGUUGUACGACAGCAAAAAAAACUCACUUGAGUUGCCUGGUUGAGAGAAAGAGAGAAAGAGAAAGAGAGGUCUCUCUGAUAGGUGACAAGAGCUGAUGAAACUCCUGGAUCUGAUUACAAAUAGUUAUUACAUUUGUAUAACAAGGCCAAAGGGCCGUGUGUACGACGUGCAUGUGUGUACGCCUGUGGUUGUGUGUCCAGAGCAUAGCCUCACCUCCCAGGGGAUGUGUCCAUGGUACCGCUGUGGUUUAGCAGGAUGCUGCAUCUCAGCUUCAGCUCUUCCUUCAGCUCUCUGCGUAGCUUCUCUCCUUGAAGUUUAGGAAAGGCAAAGAGUUAAUGGAGUGAGACAAAGAGCUGUAGGUAGGCUCGUAGGUAGGCUAAAGGUUGUAAAGCACUCUACAACAAUUUUGUUAUCUGAUUUAUAGCAACCCAAAUCAAUAGAACUUCAAUAGAAUGCAGAGUUGCUGCAUGCAAAUCACUUGAUUAGAAAUAUAAAAUAAUUUAAAUUCAUAAAUUAUUCAUAAAUUCUUUAGCUCUAUGAACCUGAGGUCGCUACCUCACUUUUUUUUAAACCUAAAAUAUACCACAUACUGGUCUGCUGAGCAAGCUCAGUUCAAGAAAACCUGCAUGUUGUUUCCCUGCAGUACUGUAGCUAUUUUUCCCAUGGUCAAAUAAAAUCUAAGAAUUAACACAAAAAACCUCAUAGCAUUUAUACUACUACUAUUACUACCAUGCAGACUCCCCUUCCCUGUUAGAUGCUUCCACACUUUUCAGAAUGUCACGACUCCCGCCGAAGUCGGUCCCUCUCCUUGUUCGGGUGGCGUUUGGUGGUCGACGUCACCGGUCUUCUAGCCAUCGCCGCUCCACCUUUUCAUUUUCCAUUUGUUUUGUCUUGUUUUCCCGCACACCUGCUUUACAUCCCCUCAUUACUCUACGUGCAUAUUAUCCUCUGUUCCCCCCAUGUCUGUGUGUGGUGUUGUUUGUUGUAAAGUGUAUGUGCACUCUAGACUGGUUUGCGACAGGUUAUUUCGACCCGUAUUUUGUGGUUCUGGGUACACUGUUUUGCCUUAUUAAAGUGCUCCGGUUGUUACCCA